CAAUUGUUGUUGAGAACAGGUAAGACCACAGAACAUGGUUCUGUGGGUAUCUGCGUUUUGUGUUCUGUUCUGCUAUGUGUCGGCAGCAACAGAGCUGUUACAGAAUCCAGGUUUCGAGGCACCAAACCCCACAUCCGGCUGGACAUGUGCUGGAUGUUCAAUGAGUGUGUCCAGUGACCAUCAUGGUGGCAAUCACGCUGUCAAAGUCUCGGGUCGCCAGGCCUACUGGGCAGGAGUGGAGCAGGUCGUUCCUCUGUCUCCCAACACACGGUACCACAUAGUGGCACACCUCAAGCAGCUCAACAACCUGCCAGACAAGAUGUACCAGGAGUACUCCAUACUGAUGCAAUCUCUCACUGACAAUGGCACCCGGCUGUACGACACCAUUGUUGUUGACAAGACCAUCUCCACAAGGACUGGCUGGGCAUCACUCGACUGCUUCAUCAUCUACACGUAUACAGGUAUUAAGGAAGUCCGACUGAGGGUGAGGGGUUCAGACGCUGCAAUUAACUUCCUGGUUGACGACGUAUCUGUCACGGAAGUACCCGAAAACAAGAACUGGAAGUCAGAGUCGGACAUUAGGAUCGACCAGCUCAGAAAAAGCAACGUCAACUUUACGGUGAAAGUUCCAUCCCAUGCAUCCUUCGCUGACUUGGAUAUACAGAUCGACUUGACUCGCCACGCGUUUCCGUUCGGGUCCCAAACCACGUGGCAGACAAUGGCACAGUAUUCGCAUUAUAAUGAUCUGUUCUACUACAUGUUCAACUGGGCUACCCUCUCCAACUACUACUGGCACAGCUCACCGCCACCAAGGGACAACCCUGACUACAGUAAUGCAACUCAUGCUCUGGAUGUCCUCCAUCAGCAUGGAAUCCCUGUACGCGCGCACAAUAUGUUCUGGGCGGUGGAGAACCAGAAUCCAGAAUGGAUCCGAACCCUGUCCCUGGACCAAUUCAAGAAAGCGGUUAAUGACAGGAUUAACUACGCAGUUAAGGACACCAAAGGGAGGGUCCAGCACUGGGACGUAAUGAAUGAGAUGGUCCAGGGUCGAUGGUACGAAGAGAAAACCAAGGAUCCUGACUUCACCAAAAAGAUCUUCGCUAAGAUCCACCACGCAGACCCGAAUGUCAAACUGUUCCUCAACGAGGAUCACGUAGUCUCAUCGGGAGUCUACACUUCGGCUUACCUUGCCCUGGCCAAGAGCUUCAAGGCUGCUGGUGUAGGACUGUAUGGGAUGGGUCUGGAAUGUCACUUCAUGUCCAAUAGCCCUCCAGAUCCCACUUUAAUGAAGUUGCGCCUGGACCAUCUGGGAGCUGUGGGUCUUCCUCUCUGGACCACCGAGAUGGAUGUUGUGGUCCAUGACGAGAACACCCGUGCUGACUGGUACGACACGGCGCUGCGCAUGCUGUUCAGUCACCCGGCUGUCGAGGGCAUCAUUUUCUGGGGUUUCUGGAGUGUCAACCACUGGAGGGGCCCGGAUGCCGCCUUGGUCAGCGGAAACAGUUACCACAUAAAUGCAGCUGGGAAAAGAUACCUGAACCUGAUACACCAAGAGUGGAGUACCCACGUGACUCACAGACUGACUUCAGGAACACAGUUCAAUAUCAGAGGUUUCCAUGGUGAUUAUGAUAUCAUUGUUAGGUAUCAGGGAACACCCGUGAAAAAGCAGACAUUCUUCCUUGGUAAAACAGACACAACCGUGACAGUUGACAUCACGGACGCAACAGGAGCUAUCUCCAUGGCAACAACUAAGUCCCCCGUCGAUUACCAGCGGCCAUCACCCCAACAUCACGUGACCCACAUAGGAGAACAUAGUAUCGGUCACAUGACAUCCGGUUCCUCCAGUCAGCUGUCGUGCAUCACAAGAUUCUCCGGACUGUCGGAGGUAGCAGACGACAAGUAUGCCGAGGUCACGUGUCCGGAUGGCUAUGUCCUCACUGGGUGCUCUGGACGAAGCAAGGAUCAGCGCAGCAACAGGGAUGGAGAGGAGAUGGUGAUACACAGCGGUGCAGCCUGCAGAAGCGUUAAUGGGGCAGCAACAAGUGCGCCCGUCCAGGCCGUCGCUCGCUGUUGCAAGAUGUCGGGUCUAACGUGCGACUACAGGAUGUCUGGCCCUUCUUCUCAAGUGCUGGAUCAGAGGAUAGAAACUAGGUGUCUUAACAACAUGUACGCUACAGGAUGCACGGCACACACAGCCUACAAGUACACUGACGGCUCCUUCCCUGAUCCAAGCCUUCACUCAUGUCUAGCUCAGAACCAGCACUCAGAGGGACGGGUCUACUCAUAUGCCGCGUGCUGUUCCGCUCCCCAUCUGACAUGCCAGGUGAAGACGUCUCGUCCGACUGGGGACGCCAUGGGGGAUGAAUCAUCCGUGACAUGUGACGACGGCUGGACACUUCUGGGAUGUACGUCUUACUCAGAGGAUGCGGGUCUGGCUGGAGCGUACAUUAGAGGAAACCACCAAUGUAUUGCUGUGAAUGGCCAGGAGAGGUUGUACGGUGACUACCCAGUGACAGCAUACGCCACGUGUUGUCGGACACGGUGACCAGACAGCACAGUCCGUUCAUAAUCAUUUAUAAACAUAUAGUUUAAACAAACUGUAUAGCUAAUGUAUUGCGUAAUUUAUUAUGUACAUACUGGUUUCAUAUAACACUGAAUGUACUCGUAGAUUUUAUGUUUUAUCAACAAAAGAAAAAGUGGCUAAACACAAGACAUCAAUCUGGCCUGGGAAAAUCCAGGCAUAUCGUUGUAAAUUGAAAAUAGAUUAUUGCAAAUUA